AUGCGCGUUGUAGAGCCACCGGCCGGCGUUAGAACCGCGCUAUCCAAAAUCUCCUCCCCGAACGCAGGCGCCAACAUCCUCUUCCUCGGCACAACGCGGAACUCCUUCGAAGACCGUCCCGUCUCUACGCUAAGCUAUACCGCGUACCCGCCUCUUGCGCUGAAGACAUUGUCCAAGAUUGCCGAAGACGCGGUGACGAAACACGGGCUGCUGGGUGUGGUGAUUGGACAUCGAUUGGGCGAUGUGCCUAUCGGGGAGAGCAGUAUUGUGAUCGCGGUGAGCGCGGGACAUCGGGGGGCGGCGUGGCGAGCGGGCGAGGAGGUGCUGGAGGAGUGUAAGGAGAAGGCGGAGAUUUGGAAGAGGGAGGUGUUUGUUGAUGGGGAGGGGGAGUGGAGGGCGAAUAGGGAUCGAGAUGCGGAGGGGAAGCUGAAGGUGGUGCAGGGGUGA